GGGGCGGCCGGUGCGCGGCAGGGGCCCUCGGGGAAGGGAUGGGUGCAGGAUGUUCUCCAAGGGAAAUGGGACGUUUCCCGGCGAGGCUUCCUCUGAGGGCUGUCCCGGUCACCGAAAGAACGUGCCCAGCCCCGGUGUAAGAGCCUAGUUCCCGGCAGCCACGUAGCGAAGGGUUGGGAUCGGGCAGUGGCGGCCGGCGUGGUCAGGCCGCUGUCUGCCUGUGCUUUGUGUCUGCCGGGCUUGCCGGAGAAGUUUCCGGCUAGGAUUGAAGGGGAAAACAUCAAUUGUUUGCUAACCCGAGUGUUAGGGCACUGGGAUGCGUAGGGCUUUGGGUGAGAUCCCCAACUGUGUGAAUAGGAAAAAUACUCACGUUUCCUCAGUCGAGAUGCCCAAAUAGUAAAUGUUUGAGGGAGCGAUAGAGGGAUGAGGGGCUUGCCUGUUGUGUUAAAAUAUUCAGAUUUGGGGGUUUCUUACAAUAUUUUAUCAAGUUGGAAUGGCCACCUAACUUGUCAGUUCAGACUUUUGCAAUACUUCGGACAAUUUUCCAUAUAUCAUAAACACCUAAGGAAUUGUUCUUAAUGCUUGGCAUUUGACUAAUACUGGAUACUAUAAGGGAAAGACGGCACAAAAUUUGAUGAUGUGAUCUUCACGGUGAGCUGGUGGGAAAACUGAGUUGUAAAUCACCCCAAUGGAUGCAGACAGUGAUGUUGCAUUGGACAUUUUAAUCACAAAUGUAGUGUGUGUUUUUAGAACAAGAUGUCAUUUAAACUUGAGGAAGAUUGCAUUAGAGGGAGCAAAUGUGAUAUACAAGCGUGAUGUUGGGAAAGUAUUAAUGAAGCUUAGGAAACCUAGGAUUACGGCCACGAUUUGGUCCUCAGGAAAAGUUAUUUGCACAGGAGCCACAAGUGAAGAAGAAGCUAAAUUUGGUGCCAGACGAUUAGCUCGUAGUCUACAGAAACUAGGUUUUCAGGUAAUUUUCACAGAUUUUAAAGUUGUGAAUGUUUUAGCAGUGUGCAACAUGCCCUUUGAGAUCAGAUUGCCAGAAUUUACGAAGAAAAACAGACCUCAUGCAAGUUAUGAACCAGAACUUCAUCCUGCUGUGUGUUACAGAAUGAAAACUCUCAGAGCUACCUUACAGAUUUUUUCCACAGGCAGCAUCACAGUUACAGGGCCAAACGUAAAGGCUGUUGCCAGUGCUGUGGAACAGAUUUACCCAUUCGUGUUUGAAAGCAGGAAAUAAAUUUUAUAAUUCACCACUUGAUGGUUAGGUUGCCUAACCAAGCACCUUUAAAGACUGCUGCACAUUGGACUAAAAGCAAAAAGGAAAACUGGACCAACCAUAGCAGAGGAAUACAGACUCUCUAACUUGCUCAUGGCCACGGUAUAAACUCCAGUUUUUUUGGAUUUUACUCUUAACAGUGCUGUAUUGUAAUGAACGGAAGUUUACAAGAUAUGAAAUUGCUGCUUUUGAAAAGACAUUCUAUUUAUUUUUGCAGUAAUUUCUGUGUAUUCAUAAGCAAAGCUGUCACGAUGUGCACUACCUUUAAAACUUCUUUUUUUUAGUUUGAGCUUGUGUUUUAUUUGUGAAUAGUCUUUUACAUUUUUGUAAGCUGAAUAUUGGGCACCAAAGAAGCUGUAAAAGUUAUCUUUUUCACCUGAUGAAUGUGCACAAAUAAAAGUUUGGAAAAUAUUUCUCUUCAUACCUGUUCUGUUAUAUUCCUUUCCCUUUUUAUAUUGCAGUUAAAAUUGUAUAGUUGCAAAUUAAUUUGAAACAAUGUAAGAAUAGUCUUUUGCUGAUACCUUCUGUUUCUGUUUGUAGUAUGUGUAGAACUUUGUGUGUGGGUUAGAUUGAAAUCUAUAAUAGUUACGUAUGUUUAUCUGAGGGUGAGAUUUGGUUUGCUCACAGUUCUCUUAACUACAUGCCAGAUUUCAAGUAUUGUCUUGCUGUUACAUGAAGAGAAGACAUUUCUGAAAAUAAAGGUCUACAGCAAGUGUUUUCCUAUUAGAGGAAAUCUUAUCAACUAAAGAAGAUACUGUAGAAAACCCAACUGCCUUGUCCACCUGCUGGAUGAAAACAGAAAAAAGUUGCUACGUGAGCUUCAGUUUUCAGGAAAGUGGUGUACUUCAACUCUAGAAGAUGGUAUGGUCACACUAAUCCAGCCCCCACCUGUUGAUGAAAUAUUAACACAGACCUUUUCUACACUCUUCUUACUGCUCUUCUUAUUGUAUAGUAUUUUCAUGACAGGAGCUGCCAACAAGCAAUGAAGCUUGAUUCUGACUUGUAUUAUUAUUGGUAUUAAUCUUGGACUUGGAAGCCAGUAGAUGUUUCUCUCAAUAAGUGCA